AUGGCUCUAAAGGCCCUACCGUUGGAACCAAGGUUAGCAAUUAUCCCCCAUGCCCCCAACCAGAUCUCAUCAAAGGACUUCGAGCACACACCGAUGCCGGUGCCAUCAUCCUACUUUUCCAGGAUGACAAGGUCAAUGGCCCCGAGCUUCUUAAAGACAGUGAUUGGGUUGAUGUGCCACUCCAUUGUCAUCAACACUGGCGACCAAUUCGAGGUAAUUACAAAUGGAAAGUACAAGAGUGUGAUGUACAUAGUGAUUGCGCAUACAGAUGGAAAUAGAAUGUCCCUUGCAUCAUUCUACAAUCCUAGAAGCGAUGUUGUGAUCUAUCCAGCACCAGAAUUGGUAGAGAGAGAAGAGAAUAGAGAGUUGCACACAAAAUUCGUGUUUGAGGACUACAUGAAGCUUUAUGCUGGUCUCAAAUUCCAAGCUAAAGAACCAAGAUUUGAAGCCAUGAAGGCCAGGGAAAACACAACUAAUUUGGGUCCAAUUGCUACUGUUUAA